AGUCGUUUCUUGGUUCUACAAGUCUGAAGUAGUUCGCCCUGGUAGCGAAAUUUCUUCAGCUUGAGCUCUAACAAGUCCAUCCAAGUUAGUUUGUUGGUGAAUUGUGUGAAGUGAAGUUCAACGGACAGUUCCAGAACAAUGGCAUCUUACGCAGCAUGGACCGCAGUCAAGGCUGGAGUGGGCGCGGCGAUGAACCUGACCGUGGUGGACAAGGUGCCAGCGGAUAUGCUGCACAUGGUGGACGCCCACUGGUACCAGUUUCCGCCGAUGAACCCGCUGUGGCACGCGAUGCUCGGAUGGGCCAUCUUCUUCCUGUGCCUGAUCUCGCUGAUCGGUAACGGAAUGGUUAUCAACAUCUUCACCAGCACCAAGACGCUCAAAACCCCAUCCAACCUGUUAGUGGUCAAUCUGGCCUUCUCGGACUUCCUGAUGAUGUUUACUAUGGGACCGCCGAUGGUGAUGAACUGCUACUACGAGACCUGGGUCUUUGGCCCGUUCGCUUGCGAGGUCUACGCUAUGUGUGGAUCACUGUUCGGCUGUAUCUCGAUCUGGACCAUGACUAUGAUUGCUUUCGAUCGCUACAACGUUAUCGUCAACGGUAUCUCGGCUGAGCCACUCACCAACAAGGGUGCCACGAUCCGCAUCUUCGCCAUCUGGGCCACCUCGUUUGCCUGGACGCUGGCUCCGUUCUUCGGCUGGAACCGGUACGUCCCCGAAGGCAACAUGAGCGCCUGUGGAACCGACUACCUCACCGACACCUUCUCGAGCCGCUCGUACAUCCUGAUGUACUCCGUGUUCGUGUACUUCGCCCCGCUCUUCCUGAUCAUCUACUCGUACAUCUUCAUCAUCAAGGCCGUCGCCGCCCACGAGAAGAACAUGCGCGAACAGGCCAAGAAGAUGAACGUAGCCUCGCUCCGAUCGUCGGAAGCCCAGAACACCAGCACGGAAAUGAAGCUGGCCAAGGUCGCCCUGGUCACCAUCUCCCUCUGGUUCAUGGCCUGGACUCCAUACCUAAUCAUCAACUACACCGGAAUCUUCAAGGCCGCCCCGAUCACCCCGCUGGCCACCAUCUGGGGCUCGCUGUUCGCCAAGGCCAACGCCGUCUACAACCCGAUCGUGUACGGAAUCAGCCAUCCCAAGUACCGCGCCGCCCUGUACAAGAAGUUCCCGGCGCUGUCCUGCACGGACUCCGCCGACGACUCGCAGUCGGUGGCCUCCGGCGAAACCGUCAUCACCGAGAAGGCGGAGAAGAUCGAGGCUUAAAUCGUCCUUUGUUGGUAGUGUGAAUUAGCAAUGUUAAUGGUGUUUGAGAUUUAUUU